UCGGGAAUUAAUUGAGAGCUCGGUGCAGAGAUGGGGCCCCGGCGGAAAACUGUGAAAGCGAGCGCAGCCAGCAGGGAUGGGGCAGAAUCGACCAAAGCUGAGGAGCCAAAAGAUUACAUGAACCAACUCUCUCAUGAAGUGCUUUGCCACAUCUUUAGGUACCUGCCCUUGCAGGACAUCAUGUGCAUGGAGUGCCUGUCACGGAAGCUGAAGGAGGCGGUGACGCUGUACCUGCGCGUGGUCAAGGUGGUGGAUCUGUGUGCGGGGCGUUGGUGGGAGUACAUGCCCACAGGUUUCACUGAUUCCAGCUUCCUAACGCUGCUGAGGAAGAUGCCAGACAUUGAACAACUUUAUGGUCUUCAUCCCAGGUAUCUGGAAAGGCGCCGAGUCCGUGGCCACGAAGCUUUCAGCAUUCCUGGAGUUUUAGAGGCUUUGCAGGCCUGUCCAAAUUUGCUGGGUGUUGAGACCUCUCAUUUAGAGCUGGUGGAAGCUAUUUGGACAUACAUGCCCCAAGUCCACAUUUUAGGGAAGUUUCGUAAUCGUAAUGGUGCUUUUCCAAUUCCUCCUGAGAACAAGCUGAAAAUUCCUAUAGGAGCUAAAAUUCAGACUUUGCACUUAGUAGGGGUGAAUGUCCCUGAGAUUCCUUGUAUCCCAAUGCUGAGGCACCUUUAUUUGAAGUGGGUGAGACUCACCAAACCACAGCCUUUUAAAGAUUUCCUUUGUAUCAGCUUACGGGCUUUUGUCAUGAGGAACUGUGCUGGUCCCACAAACUCUCUGAAGUAUGUUCCCCUGGUGACAGGCCUGGCUUCUGCCAGGAAUCUGGAGCACUUGGAGCUGGUCCGUGUUCCAUUUCUUGGAGGACUUAUCCAGCACGUGGUAGAAGACAGCUGGAGAUCAGGUGGUUUUAGGAAUUUGCACACUAUAGUUCUGGGAGCUUGCAAGAAUGCACUUGAAGUGGAUCUUGGCUACCUCAUCAUAACUGCUGCACGAAGGUUGCACGAAGUGCGGAUCCAGCCUUCCCUGACCAAAGAUGGUGUUUUUUCUGCUUUGAAGAUGGCUGAACUGGAAUUCCCACAGUUUGAAACUCUUCACCUAGGCUACGUUGAUGAGUUUUUACUACAGUGUAAAAUGACGAGUACGGACUUGGUGAGGUACGGCUUGGCUGAGGUGGUUGAAAACCCAGGAAUUAUUACAGAUAUUGGUAUGAAAGCUGUAAAUGAAGUUUUUUCUUUCAUCAAGUAUCUGGUCAUUUACAACUGCCCACAUCUACAUAACCCAAAUAAUUGGAUCACAGACCACUCGAGGUGGACCCGCCUGGUUGACCUGACCCUGGUGAGGUGCCACGCCAUCAAACUGGACUCCUUCAGUCAGUUCAUCGAGUUACUGCCAAGCUUGGAGUUCAUUUCUCUGGAUCAGAUGUUUAGAGAGCCUCCAAAGGGCUGUGCCCGUGUGGGCCUAAGUGCAGGCACAGGAAUUGGGGUCUCCUCUGCCCUGGUGAGCAAUCAGAACUCCAACAAUGACAAUGACAACAACAACAACCACCAGAACAACAACAACAACAACCCCAACAUCCACCACAACAACCACCAGCACCCCAAUGAGCAGAACGAGGAGAACGAGCUGCACCAGGAGGGCCCUGCUGAGGAGCAGCAGAUUGGGGCAGAGGCCCUGAAUGAGAUGGAGGAGGUGGCACAGGAGGAAGGGGAGGCUGCUGGGCAGGGCCAGGAUGAGCUGCCAGCUCCCAGCCAGGCUGUUGUUCCCAUGGAGGUGGAUGAGGAGCAAGCAGGACCAAGUGGAAUUCAACCUGUUGUAAAAGCAACUCCUAUUACCAUCCAUGAUUCAGACAGUGAGGAUGAGGAGGAAAACAUGAGCACUUCCAGAGUCUGCAUCUCCAGCAGCAUUGCACAGAGUUACUCAGAUGGGGAAGAGAAGAGCAGGGAUCCCGUGGAAACCAGAGAACCUUCAGUGAGCGGCAAAGGCAAGACCCCCCUGAGGAAAAGAUGCAGCAGCAGCCACGGGGGCCAGGCCAAGCAGUUCCCCGUGGAGGAGAGCAGCUGUGAGAAGGGCUGCCAGGUGACCAGUGAGCAGAUCAAAGCUGACAUGAAAGCAGCCAGCGACAUGCCUGAGAGGAGCAAGACAAAAGAUUCCUACGGCAGCUGCGGCAACGCCCCGGCAUCCACGGCGACACCCGGCUCGUGCAGCGCUGCUUGUCCCCGCCCUGACUGUGCCCAGGCAGCCCAGGGCCACUCGGCCGCGCAGGAGUGCGGGCAGUGUGGCUGCUGUCCCUGCAGGAGGGAUGGCUGCAGUGACACGGAGCCCCAGGAGAGCUCCGUGUGUUCCCGCUGCUCCUCCAGGGCCAGGACGAGCGGGGGGUGUGAUGGGGACAGCCCCUCCACGAGUGGAGCCUGCAGGGACGGGUCAGAUUUUGCACUGGGGACGCUGCCAGACUGCGGUGGGGCUGCAGGAGAGCCUGGCGAGCACAGGACUAGUGGGAGUGCCCGUGGGGCUGGAAGGCAGGAGCAGAGCACACAGCCCCCGGGCUGGGAGCUGCACUGCAAGGAGGAGUACCCACGGAGACCCCUGACCAGGGCCAGGAGCAGACUGUCCCACGUGCCCCUGGUGUCAGAGCCAGAAGUAGCAAAGCCAAAGCCAAGGCAAACCACCAAGAGGAAAAGGACAGCUGACAAAUCCACCAGUACCAGUGACCCUGUGAUUGAGGAUGAUCAUGUCCAGGUACUGACUUUGAAAUCCAAAAACCUGGUAGGAAUCACACUGACCAACUGUGGAAUUACAGAUUUGGUGCUGAAAGACUGCCCCAAAAUGAUGUUCAUCCAUGCUACGAGGUGCCGUGUGUUGAAACACUUGAAGGUGGAAAACGCCCCCGUUGUGAAUCGCUUUGACUACGCCCAGUGCAAGAAGCUGAACAUGGAUCAGGUGCUGGAUCAGAUCCUCAGGAUGCCCCCAGAGAGGAACAGGAUCAUUUACCUUCGACCCAUGCAGCAGGUGGACACACUGAGUCUGGAGCAGAAAAUCUUCAGUGGUCCCUACCCCUACCACAUCUGCAUCAUCCACGAGUUCAGCAACCCCCCCAACGUCAGGAACAAGGUGCGGGUGCGCAGCUGGAUGGACACCAUAGCCAACAUCAACCAAGAACUGAUUAAAUACGAGUUCUUCCCUGAGGCCACCAGGACUGAAGAGGACCUGAAGAAAUACCCCAAAUACCCCUGGGGCAGAGACAUUUACACCCUGGAAGGCAUUGUGGAUGGAGCUCCCUAUUCCAUGAUCACCGAUUUUCCCUGGCUCAGGUCCCUGAGGACAGCAGAGCCCAACAGCUACGCCAGAUACGACUUCGAGGAUGAUGAGAGGACCACCAUCUAUGCCCCCAGGAGGAAGGGGCAGCUCUCAGCUGACAUCUGCAUGGAAACCAUUGGUGAGGAGAUCUCAGAGCUUCGCCAGGUCAGGAGAGGGGUGUUCCAGAGGGUCGUGGCCAUCUUCAUCCACUACUGUGAUGUCAAUGGGGAGCCUGUGGAGGAUGAUUACAUCUGAGAUUUGUCCCCAACCUGUCCUCAAUCCUUCCUUCCCUUCCCCCUGGCACUGCUGGC